AUGGUUUUGGAUUUCAUGGAUGAACCCCCGCGUGAUGAGGAGCCUUCCGCAGUUCGACCAAGGAAGCGGCAAGCAGGGGCCUCUCCCAUAACUCCCAGUACUUCUGCCGCCGGUACCAUAGGCCAAGGCAACCCGGAAGAGAUGGAGGUUUCGUCCAUGGAGCAACGUCUGAUAUUUCAAAAGGCUAAUGUUAACCCUCAGACAAUGCCGCCGCCUCCAACUCCGUCUACAGGCAAUACCAGCAAGGACGUCCUCGUCAAAACACCUUGUCCAGACAUCACUAUUGGCCUCGAUGAUAUCUUUGUGGUCAAGAAGCUCAAGUCACAAGGUCUCAGUAACACCAGAGCCAAUUACGUACUAGACAAGCUCCAGCAACAAACUACACAUCGACACUUGAGCGCCCCGGAGCCACUUUUGUGUUCGGAGCCCACCCAACGAGCAUAUCAGAUGAGAUUUCCAUUUCUGAUCGUUGAGGGGAAGUCGUACGCAACCGGGAAGCCUAUCUUCGAGGCGCAGAAUCAAGCUGCUGUUUCUGGCGCCGGAGCCCUGAAAAUUCUACAUGAUCUUGCAGACAUUGCAGCCCGGGCGGCCACCUCCACCGUUUCUGCUGAUUCCACGUCUCCUGCUACCAAUCUCGGCAAGAAAGGCCACUGGUGUUCUCAAUCUGCACAGAAGGGCCGUCUCAUGAGCUCUGGGCUCAUUACACCACUUUGGAGGAGGACGUUCGCAUGUUCAAAAUGA